CUUGUUUUUUAAGUCUAUUCUAUUCCGAACGCCACCUGCUGAUGAACCAAAAAAUUUUGUGUGAUACUGUGUCAGUUAGAAUGCUUUAAAAACUCGCCAUUUUCCUCUCUCUUUUUAGCAGACAAUUUAAUCUUUAUAUUCAUUAUACAUACAGUCUUUUAAUCUCCAUCUCCUCUCUUAAAAAUCAAUUUUUGUUACAAAAAAAAAAUGGGUUUCUUUUCAGCAGCAUUUGUUGCUGUCGUUGGUGGUGCCGCUAUUGCUGUCGGAGGUGGCCCUAUUGUAGUUGGGAUCCUUGGAAUCUCUGAAACUGGCGUCGUCGCUGGAAGUUUGGCGGCCGGCGCUCAAGCAUACGUUGGAAACGUUGCGGCAGGUUCUAUUCUCGCAAAGUUAACUUCAAUUGCCAUGUUAUCGCCUACUCCAUAAAAGCCGUUACAUUAUUCUCGUCUCAUGGCCGCUUUAAAAAAUAUUAUAUUAUAUUAAAGCUAUUCAAAAAUUAUAUAGUGAAAUAAUAUUUACUUUUUUGUAUAAUAUAUUUAUCCUACAUUUUUUAUUUUACUCAUUUUUUUUGUUUCAUUUUUUUAUUUCAUUUAUUUUUUUUUUAUUUUCCCCAUUUUUACUCAUUGUUUAUUUUCAGAAAAAAAUCUAUUUAAAUAAAAAAAAAAAAAAGUUUGAA